AUGGGUCAGACAACCUCAGCUACGGCACUCGAGAUAGACGUGCAGCACCAGCAACAGAUGCCGAGAACUUACGGGCAAGAAGAAGACCUUCCCUGCGCCUCGGAGCUCAUACACAGGUUCGUUGGUGAGGAUGCUGCACGACUGCGACGGUCGCAGGUGGAACUACAGGUUGGCAUCUCACUAGAAGCAGCGGUUGCGAUGAUCAGCGCGUAUGGGCAACCGUCGACCCUGUUGCUUGCGUUGCCUCCUUCAGAGGAGGAAACAGGCGCAGCAAGUUCCGGUCGCAAUCUCAGCAGCAGCAGCUCUGACAGCAGUAACAGCAGUAAUAGAAGCACCAGCAGUAGUCGGGUAGUAGUGGAUAUUCAGGUGUCACCAUGUGGGUUGUUCAUAGCUGUUCUUUCUCGUUGGGGGAUUCUUGUGUAUAGCAACGGGCAAUGCCGCAUGCUCCUAGGCCGAUGUUUGGUACCUCGAGACUCUGAGGUGUACGGCCGCUUGUGUUGCUGUUGCUGGGCCUCGGAUUCGUCUGCCAUUUUCGUCAGUGCCGACCCGCUGGCUUGUGUGUGCGUCUUCUCCAUUCGAAGCAGCAGCGCGGGGAGCAGCGGGCUUCUGCAGCAGCAGCUACAGGAGCUCCAUCCGCAAUCAACAGCGAGCACGGAACCUUUGACUGCAGGUGCAGCAGCAGUAGCAGCAGCAGCAGCAGUAGCACAACCAGCCGGGAGUGAAAGCUGGCUCAUGGAAGGCUUUUCCACAGCCGGUGAUACGCGGUUUCCGGGCGACUCUGGCAGUAUCAGCGAAGGCGACAGUCAAGGCAGUGAAGCGGAAGAGGAGCAUAUGCAGCCAGCAGCAGCAGAGAAUGCUUUCACGGCUGAAGAAGCCAUACGGUCCCUGCCUUCAAUGAUAACCGCAUACCGGCCUCCCAAUACUUCUCCUUUGUCUGUCUCCUUUUGCUUACUUCUGCGCCUUCCAGUGAGACCCUCAGCACUCUGCUGCUCGUCGGUGCAGCGACAACAGCUGCUACUGCUCGCAGGCUGCAGCAGACAACCUGCCCUCUUCUGGCUCCACCUGGGAGGGCUUAAACAGGUGUUGGGGUGUUUGUACAUCAGCGAUUUGCUACGAGUAGCCAAGAGAGCGGGCGUAUGCCCUGGAAAUUCUGGCCCUCCGUCGGCAGCAGUUGCAGCUUCUGGGGUUGCCUAUACAUCGGCGGCGCGAGCAGCCUGCUCAGGAGCAGCGUACCAAAAUAAGAGCACUGGCGCUACUGGUGGGUGUGGCUGCUCGUGUAGCGCCUGUGCGGGUCGCUGUUGUUGCUUUCUGGAGCAACCGUCACUCCGGCAGAUCCGACGUAAAAGCAGCAGCAACGGCACGUCAGCAGCAGCAGAAGCCUCGAUAGGAGCAGCAACGUCGCCUUCCUCUAGACAGUGCAGAUGCCUAGGGAGGCGCAGGCUCAUUACUUACCUGUUCCAUCCCAAGGGUUUUGCUGCUGUGACGGAGCUUCUGCGGCUUCCUCUCUGUCAGCAGGACGGACAGCUCUUGCCCGAUCUUCCGGAUGUCUUUCUCUCGGGAGUCGCUGCUCGGAGCCUUGGGAGCCCUUCACCUACGUCAGUGGGACACAGGAGCGCUCCAGCCAGCACAAGGUGCUCGCGAUUGACACAUGCGAUGCAGGCGCUUCGGACAAAUGGAUGCGACAGCUUUGCCGAGUGCAACAGCGGGAAUCCAACAGAGGAUGACGUAGUUGGGACUAGUCAUUUUCACCGCUGUGACCAGGGUCGCAAGGUUGGGGAGCCGUUACCUGCCAGCACCUCUCAGCGGCAGCUGCACGAAGGCGCUCUGCUCAGCAGCGACGACAGCAGCACGGGGAGCGUCAGCAGUAGCCGCCCUAGCACUACUACAAACUGCAACAACAAGGACAGCCUUGCCGUUAAGGGAACAGAAGCGUUCAGAAGCAGCCAGAGUACAGGCGCAAGGGAGACAAGGGCAGAUUCUCUUGCUUCGGCCGUUUCAUUUUGGGGGGCUAGAGAAGGCAUUGACAGCAACCUUUUCGACGGAGCAACAGCUGCAGCUGCAUGGGGGCCCAGCAGCAGUAGCGGGGGCACCAGCGACGACGGAGUAUUGCCGCUGGGGUGCAGCAGGCUUCCUACGAGAGGGCCGCGCAGCGCUCGGCGGCUAGAUCUGCGAGAGGAGAAACGGGGAGGUGGGAAGCGGUUAAUGCAUAGCCUGACGGAUGACGUCUUGUCGGAUUAUGAGGCCCUGUAUGCGCGCUGCUGCGGGGGGGUGCGCCAGCUGCAGCUGAAUCGUCGACUUGACCUCUUAGCUGUGGUUACAGCCGCAGGGGAGCUGCUUCUGCUGGCCUGGCGCUUUCCCAUAAGGGGUUAUACUCAAGUGGAUGAGCUCGACGAAAUUGGUACUCCAGCUAAGGGUGCAGUGAACGAGCAACGCCCUAAGGGCCCCCUGGCUAUCCAGAGGCAAUUGCAGCAACUGAAACGGGAAGUUCCAACGUCAGCCACAGCAGAAACUGGAACAGAUACAGCUAAAACGCCCGAUUUGAAUAGUGGGAGCAGACAGCUGAGCGGUGGUAGAUGCACAAGCAGCAAUAUCCACAGCCCCUGCAGGGGCUGCGGAAGCAUCUCUAUAGGGGCGACCAUGGACGGGCGCGUCGCAAUAGGGCAUUCUGCACGUGAAGGCUUUAUGAAUGCUCUCUCGGUUCCGGCGACCGGUUACAGCAACAGUACCACUAAUAAGCUGAGGCCUUGGCGGCCGCUGGGGCUCCAGCUCAGGGCAGAAGCAGUGUGUUGCUGCGCGCUUAACGGGGGACGCAGUCUCUUAGCAGUGGGCCUCGAGAGUGGUGCUGUCGAGGUGUACAAGCUAAUGUGGCCUAGGAACCCAGCGCAACGAGCUCGUCGCUCUUGUAAGCUGCAGCAGCAGCAAACGCAGCAACGCCAGACUAGGCGCACCCACAGGAAUGUUGAACGCGAUGGCUUUACGCUGUUCCCGCAGCUGCUUCAUGUGAUAACUGCCCCACAUGACAUCAUGGCGUCAGCAGCGCAGCCAGAACGUAGGAUAUUCGGGGGAACUCAGCGGCUGGGACGUCAGCGAAAGUACUUCUGUGCAAGAGAGGCUUCUGCGAAUGCAGCAACCACUGCAGCAGCGGUUAUUGCAGGGGCAGCUGCGGGCGCGGGCCAGCUGUGCAGUUGGAUCAUGGGCGGUCUUUCUCUUCUGCAUGUAAGUCCGUCUGGUGAAUCCAACGCUCGGCCGCAGCCCGAUAGCGGAAGCCCCGAGCAUGGCAACAAUUCGUUGUUUUAUGAAGCUGACCCCACAGCUGGAGGCUUCCAUUCAGAGCAGUUGGUGGAGGUACCUGUCGUGCGGAGCGCAUCGGUAUCUGUUGCAGCUUCGUCAAUGGACGUUUGUGGCAGCCGCUGUGCGUCAGACCUGACCGAAAGGGUGAUGAUAGGAGGCUCCCACCUGCUUGUUUGGAGCUUCGUGGGCAACAUGAGGGCAUCUGCCUCAUUCUCCCUCGUUCCGCCACCCCCUAGUUUGUAUACAGCAAAGGCUUUCCCCGUGCGGCAGGCAGCACUCUCUCCAGAUGGGGCUCAGCUGCUCGUCGCCGGAAGCCGGGGCUUCGCUUUGUUUGCUUUGUUGCAUCGGCGGUGGCGGCUUCUCUGUAUGGAAAAGCAGGAGGCUCAGCUUCCUACGGGCACCCUUCCCUUAGGCUGGUACACAAAGGACAUCUUCUUCGUAUCGACGCCGGCGUUUGACCCGUAUGACUCUGCUGCAUCGGCAGCAGGUGCUGCAGCAGCACCAGAGCCCCGUAGCGUGCUGAAUGCUCCUGAUGAAGCGCCGCGUUGGCUUCUGCCGCUCGGUACGUUCCAUAGAUUUGAAGCUGCUGUGGCCGCUGCCGUGGACUGUUGCCCUUCCAGGUUUGCAGCUCAUGUUCCGCUGGCGAUUCACGAGAAGACGGCCUGGCUCCAACAACAGCAGCAGCAAUAUCAGCAGCCUGCCUCACGCCUGUGGGGAGCGACUGGGACAGGCAGCGGCUCUAAGGAGCUCUCUGCAAUUGCCGCGGGUGCAGCAGCUCGCGGAACUGGGGGAGGCAGCGGUAGCGGGACCAUGUGGCACUACGCUGUGCUGUUUCUGAGUUGCAGCGAACGGCUGGACCUGCGUUGCCGCAUUGCAGAAAUUAAGCGUCUCCCGGCGAGACCGCAUACAGCGACAGUGCUACCGAGCCUACACCAACAGCAGCUCGCUCGCCCUGCAGCCUCUCUUGGGUUUGCAGCUCAUGUUCCGCUGGCGAUUCACGAGAAGACGGCCUGGCUCCAACAACAGCAGCAGCAAUAUCAGCAGCCUGCCUCACGCCUGUGGGGAGCGACUGGGACAGGCAGCGGCUCUAAGGAGCUCUCUGCAAUUGCCGCGGGUGCAGCAGCUCGCGGAACUGGGGGAGGCAGCGGUAGCGGGACCAUGUGGCACUACGCUGUGCUGUUUCUGAGUUGCAGCGAACGGCUGGACCUGCGUUGCCGCAUUGCAGAAAUUAAGCGUCUCCCGGCGAGACCGCAUACAGCGACAGUGCUACCGAGCCUACACCAACAGCAGCUCGCUCGCCCUGCAGCCUCUCUUGGGUCCCGUUGUUGUUUGUGCCACCAUAGAAGCAACAGUAACGGCAGCUGCUGUAUGGUUUGUAGCGGCCUUGCGGCUUUCUCCUUGCGGAGUCUCGCUGCAGGCAAUACCGCAGAGCCUCUUCUGGCAAUAUACGAUGCUCUGGGAAUCCUAACUGCUUACCAGUUGCAGCAGCCACGGCUGCAGCGCCAACAGCAACCUCGGCAGCAAGAUGUUGUAGCUCUCUGGCAACUUGAUCUAUCUGAUUUCUGCGAUAGCCCACCCCAGCAAAUACGCUUCGUGGGGUGUGCGUGGCUUUUGUUAGUGCUGCUUCAGUCUGGGGCUCUGUUGCUUGUGCGCUUGGGCAUCCCAGGGUCAGGCCACCAUGCGCAUCACAGGAUACACCGCAUUCCCCGCCUCAUUGUAGAGGCGUCUACUGUAGUAGCUGAGGGCGUUACCGGGCUUUGGGUGGGGGCGGAGGCGCAGCUGCAACAACACUAUUUGGUGCCGUCCUCGCGUUGCUGCAUCCUUCGUCCACAGCAGCAACGCCAGAGGCAACAAAAUCAGGAAGUUGGUGGAAAUGGAGUAGGAGAGCCAGCUGCUUGCUGCUGCUCGUGUUUGGCGCGUGCGACGGUGCCUCCACGACAAUCUAACAGAAGAGAACACCAGCAAGAUGUUCCUCAUCAGCACGAGCCUGCAUCGUGUGGCCUGCGCAUGCCAGAGGAGGUUGCAGUUCAGCAAAGCAGCGUACAUUGUUCAGACCCAGAUCGCAAGCCAACCCUGGUAGACGACAAGCUGAAUACCUGCAGCAUAGGACGCAGCAGCAGCAGCAGCAAUAUUAGGGCGGCAGAAGGUGCUGACGUUGAACAGUGUAAAGGAAGGAGUGCUCUGCCAUUGCCACGGCCUCUGUCUAGUAGGAAACCGGCGGCUUCAGUCUCUCAUGCACCACAUUCGGAUAGCCUCCACGGAAACUUGUCAGCAGAAAGAGCGGCAAUAUCACCUCCAUUGGAUGGUUCUCGAGAGCCGAACACCGCAGCAGCGCCACUAAGCCCGCUUCCCCUCCAGAAAAUUGUUGACUUUAAGCGGCCUGUUGCAGUUGUACCCGUGCUACCCAGAUGCCGCACCAACAGCGACCUCUACGAGCUGCAACUCCAGCGUGUGCAGGAACAAGAGCCGUUAACGCACUUGAUGAAGGAAAGGUAUGCUCCGCUUUUACUUCCGGUUCUCACGGCUGAGAGAUCCCACAAGACUGGCAGUGCAUCGCAUCAGGCUUGCAAGGUCUCUGGCAGCACACCUGAGGACGAGGGUGGGAUAGCAGCGAACGGAACGCCAGAACCGCUUAUUCGGCUGGAAGGGUCCCGGCGGUUGCCGCACAGCCGUGGGAAGCUCAGAUUGAAAGUAAGAUGUGUGUUUUGCCGUUAUGACUGCGACGUCUGCUGCUGCUGCAUAGCUGGGUGGCAUCUCUGGGCUCAAACAGCAGCGGGGCUGUUACUGGCUUCCGUUGGGUUUCACUACUCUGGCACCGCAGCAGCAGCGGCGACUACGGAUAUCAGGCCGGAACACGUGCUCGCAGUAACUGACGUACGUUUGCGCUCCGCUUUGGUUCUCCCGGUAGAGGCUCGCCCGCAUCCCCUUCACAUCGUUGGGGUAAUCGGAGAGCUCGGAGUGGCUGUCGCCUGUACCCCCAGCCGCGAGGCAGCGCAUGGAUUUUCAUUGCAAACCCAACCUGCCACUCAGAUACGGCUGCUUCUACAGCCCUUUGCGAAGGGGCUCUUGAAGGGCUUCACCAGCUGCACGGCGAGCACCAACAGCACCUACAGCAACCAAGACAACUGCAAGCGACUUUUUGUUUCAGUGUCAGCGCUUGUGCCUCCGGCUGACCCCAUCACUCUCUUUACCAAGUGCCUGCAAAACGGACUUCUGCAGACAGCUUCGCUUUACUUGCUGCCCAUCCAGACGGCGGAGGGCCCACUUCAGGUGCGGUGUCGCCGUGUGCUGCCCCUUCUCCGUGCUGCGCUAGUAGCAGGAGAUUUCCUUCUAGUGCGGUGUCGCCGCGUGCUGCCCCUUCUCCGUGCUGCGCUAGUAGCAGGAGAUUUCCUUCUAGUUCGCAAAUUGCUGCAUUUUUUCUGGGCUUUUUUUAGGAGGAGGCAUCAUCCAAUGUCUGCUAGGAGGUGGUGCACGGUGCAGCAACAACAGCAUUUGGGGGAUUCUGCAUCCGGAUGUCUCGCGGAUGGCGCAUUGGAGUGGCUUCCGCAUGGGCAGCCUUCGGAGAGUCAGCCGAAAACUGCAUUCAGAAGCCACACACGAAUGAGCCACCAACUCGCACACCUCCGCUCUUUGCUGUGGCGUCCACUACAGGCAGAAGGGUUUUUAGAUUUCCCUGUAGCCGGCAGCACAGGGCAAGCUGGCGCUGAUGGUAGCUUCCACACCAACCCCUGGUUGUCCCGCGUCCCGUUGGAGCUACCGCGUGUGGAUCGUCUACUAGCUGCACGGGUGUAUCAGGAAGUCGAGAUGGCUGUUGCCGCGGCUGCUUGUGGAUUACUACAACAGCAGAAGUGGCUACGACUGUUCGACUUUGCGACGACUUUAGGUCUUGAUCUUCCGGCUUGGCUGAGGGUCCACAGCAACGGCGACUUGUUGCAGCAACUUGACCAACCACAUAAACGAGGAAGCCAGAAACAUAUCUCUGGGACAGACGGGUUGACAUCCUCCCUGACAGCAAAGGCACAGCCGGAAAGAGCAGGGCCUGCAUCUGCGCUUGCAACAGCGGGGGGGACACCAACUGCAGCUCGUCUCUUUUCUGAGGCAGUCUUCUCUUUUGCACAACAGCUUCGCAUUGGCGAUACGUGUGUGUCCUUACGUCUGAAAAGGCCGUUCUUGCACGAAUGCUCUCGAUUACUGGUGGAAAGGAAAUGCAAACGACAGUCUCCUACUUGGAAGGACGAGGUACACGUGGCUGAUACUGGUGCAGAAGUGCUGAAAACAGCUCUUAGGCACUCAAGGAUAUGUACUGCAUAUCUAGUACCCCCGCUGUGCACUAACGGAAACAGGGAGCAGCAGGCUACAGCCGAGAUAGCUCGGUAUCUCGCAAACGUGUUGUUGCUUUCGGGGCAUCCAGCGUACUCUCUGGCACUGGCAGCAGCCGUCCGUGACAGAGACUCAGUAGCAAUCGCCCAAGAGUUCCGACUGGCACCGUUGUACUGGAACAUUAUAGAUGAUUAUACAGACGAAUGA